ACGUUAUGUGGACGCCGGACGUGUCACGGACGAGCAACAUUCUGUUGAAUUUAAUUACUUUUCAUUCUCCUACGAUCCUGGCAUUACAUUUUUUAGCAUGCAUUUAAGUAGAAGAUUAUUGCCGAUUUGCGUGCAUGUCCGGAAUGCUUCCACAAAAGCGAAGUUAAAGACAAAGUUCAAUUUUGAGCUCUCUGCCGAUGUCAGCGAGUCUCUCAAGAAUGGGUCUGUGAAGGCACGCCGUCAUGCAGGCAGAAUGGGCGUGGGAGUAGUGCACCUACCUGAAGCUCUUUCUCAAGCUGCAUUUAAUACAUUGAAAGAUUAUCCAGAAAAAAGCCUUCUAGGAGAUGCAAACAAGUUGUCAAGUUACAUCUGGUCUAGACACGCACCACUAGAGAAGGAUGAGUACCAUCAUAAGAUCAGAGACGUGGAAGAUACAAUCAAAGAACAGGAAAUGGUAGAUCCAUCAUCACCACAUGUUGGUGAGGAGCUUCGAGGGAGGUUGCUAGAAUCUAGAAAAUCGAAAGUUAUCACGAAAAUGAAGAAGGAUGUUUAUCAUUGGAAACCCAUUGAGUAUAAUGGCUAUAGGGCCGCUAUGUAUGUGGCAGGCCGUCUAGCUCCAGAUUAUGCCUCCCUCUACAGAAUCAUGGCAGAAGUGAAGAAACGUGACCCACACUUUUCCCCACUUACGUUGUUAGACUUUGGAUCAGGUGUGGGUACUUCAAUGUGGGCGGUGGACAACAUUUGGCCUGGAAAUUGUAAAGAGGCAGUGUGCAUUGACUCCAGUUCCGAAAUGAAUGACAUGGCUGACAGGCUUCUUAGAGGAGGUGACCCAGAGAAGCCACUGCAAACAAGACCAGGAGGAACAUUUUUCAAGCAGUUUUUACCCAUGUCCAGUACCUUGAAGUAUGAUAUUGUGGUUUCUUCUCGGUCCCUGUUUGAGCUGCCUGACAUGGCUUCAAGACUAAGAACAAUAGAUAUACUUUGGCGAAAAACAUCAAAAUACCUGGUGCUGGUAGAGGCAGGGACUAAUGCUGGGUACAGACUGAUUCAGGAAGCACGAGAUUAUGCAUUAAAGGUGGGUCAUCAGUCGGAAGAAGAAAGAGAUCAUUUGGAGGGACAUGUUUUCUCUCCUUGUCCACACGACAUGUUCUGUCCAAGAUUUUUUGAUGGCUCUAAUACCCCUUGUAAUUUUCAAGUAUCUUACAGACCAUUUAGAUUUGGUAAAUAUAGUGAUACAAGCAAGGACCUGUUUAGUUAUGUAGUACUUAAGAAAGGAAAGAGAAAUGAUGUAGGUGACAAUGUAGCCUGGCCUCGCAUUGUGCGUGCCCCAUUAUGCCGUGCAAGACAUGUUGUAUGUCGUACUUGUACAAAGUAUGGCACACUCCAAGAACUUACAGUAACAAAAAAGAGACAUGGCAAAGAAUGUUACCAAAUAAGUAAAAAUUCAGACUGGGGUGACAUGUUUCCAGUUGAGUUACGAGACACAUCAAAUUCAGAAAGUGAUUCUAGUGAACCUGCUCAUCCUGAAAAUGAUCUCAUCAGCUAUAAUACUGCAUGAUAUGGUUAGCACUUUCUUACUAUAUUUGCGUAAGUACAUAUCGCUCCCUUUACUUCUGUUUCGUUUAGAAUUAUUUGUUAUUUAUUUUUAUAUAUACUUUUAUUGCAGAUCUGUUUAUCAUUUAAGAAGUGCUAAGAAGGGAGAUAUUCAGAUGAAGUGUUAUACGUAAAGACGUCACAUGAAAAGGAGAAUUCAUGAAAUUCAUUUGUUUACAGUGACACCUGUACAGCUUCAUUUUGGUUAACCAGAGAUUCUUAUUUCCUAAUAAAUGCUUUGCAAGUCUGCAGAUAGUACAUUUAUCCCUGGUGUCCUGGAUGACAUCCCACCUUAACCCAUAGUACUUGCCAGGAGGGGAACUUGAAUAUCUUUAUGAAUUUUAGCUUCUCCCUCAACAUUAUGGGGCCAACAACACUCUAUUCAUUAUGAAAACUGAUGCUGUUUUUUGAGUUAAUGAGAUAGAUGAUAAAGAAUUUCUUGCUGUGGCAGUGAAUCUGGUUUUAUAAAUGAGGUGCAGUAUUAUAGGUGUAGUAACUUGUAAUUAUAUGUAUAUAUGUAAGUAUGCUAAUUGUACAAAAAUAUAUAUAUAAAGCAAAAAGCCAGAUAUGUUUUCUUAUAACUGAUUGUAUUAUUCUACACUUCAGGAAAGACCCCUUGUGAUUGGAAAUGAGAUAUCUUUUGUUGAUUAAUUAAUAAGGUAAAAUAGAUAAUAACAAAUUA